GCCGAAGAGCGGUAUCCAGGGCUUACCCCGCGCAUAUGCCCCGCACCUGCAUCCAGUUAUCAGGACCUGACCAACCACGGCAUCUGCUUUGACGUCGUAAACGCCGGAUAGUGGUGGUCGGGCGAUUUCCGAUAAUGCUCUUGAACAGAUAUGGUUACGUGUUAGACAGAUAGAGUUACGUGUUAGAUCCGAGGUAAAGGAAGUCUAUCUCGCCUCGUACGAAGGCAGUCACUGCAUCGCGACUUCCAUUUGUUGACACUACAGAGAACGUGCCUUCUUCCAGCUGUCACUUCCAAGGCUUUCUAUUGACCUCUUCUCCAUUGUACAAUCCCCACUUCUUGUCAACUUUACAGCUCAAGAAUCACAAACAUGUCUCCUCCGUCGGCAAUUGAGCCCCAGGCAGGCGACGAGACCAAGCCCAACACGGUUGCCCCGAACGAGCCUGGUCUGAACCAGAAAGAUGGAAAGGCGGAGAUGCUUAAAUUCCCCAAGCCGCCAAAGUUUGACGAUCCGUACAAAGAGCGCGCAUAUCUGAAGGGCCGACUUGCGGCUGCCUUCCGCAUCUUUGGCAAAUAUGGCUUUGACGAAGGUGUGGCUGGUCACAUCACGUUGAGGGACCCUGUAGAUCCGACAACAUUUUGGGUCAACCCAUUCGGUGUUGCUUUCAGCUUGAUCAAGUCUUCCGAUCUCAUCCUUGUCAAUGAUAAAGGCGAAGUCAUCGACGGUGGAGAGUGCCGACUGCUGAACACAGCAGCCUAUAUGAUACACCAUGCUGUCCAUGACGCGCGCCCCGAUGUCAUCGCUGCAGCACACUCGCACUCCAUCUACGGCCGCACGUUCUGCGCACUGGGUCGCAAAUUGGACACCAUCACCCAAGACUCGUGCGCGUUCCACAACGACCACGUUAUUUACGAGUCGUUUAACGGCGUCGUACUAGCCGCGGAGGAGGGCAAGAACAUUGCAAAGUGCCUGGGCGACAAGAAGGCGGCGUUACUUCAGAACCACGGCCUGUUGACCGUGGGCAAGAGUGUGGAGGAGGCGGUGUUCUGGUUCAUAAGCAUGGAGAAGUGCUGUCAAGCACAGCUGAUGGCGGACGCGGCGGCGGCGGGACGAGGCGGAGAGACUGUGAAGAUUACGGAGGAGGACGCGGUCUACACACACAAGACGAUUGGGAGUACGCUGGCCGGGUGGUUCAGUGCGAAGCCGUUGUUCGACGUGAUACACAAGGAGACAAACGGAGAUUAUCUCGAGUAGGAGUGUUUAG